UCUCUCACCCUGCCAGCCGAUCCGCAAGGACCACCCUCCCCCCCCGCCACUUCCGCAAUCACCUCUCCAGAGCGCCUUUCCACGCCCUUCUCCCCCUCUCCUCUCCAUCUCCGACUGACUCUCCGCACCACCCUAGGCCAUUCCUACAGCAUGUCUGCAGAAGAGUCCCAGCAGGCCACCCAGGAUGCCUCCCGCAUUUCCGAGGCCGUGGAGCGCCUCAACGUCGACGACAACGGCGACGUGAUCCCUCGAACCGAGCAAGAGUACGCCGAGUCGCAGCUCACGCUCCGAGCCAUUGUCUCGUCCAAGGAGGCCGGAGUCAUCAUAGGCAAGGCGGGCAAGAACGUGGCCGACCUGCGCGACGAGACUGGCGUGCGCGCCGGCGUCAGCAAGGUGGUCCAGGGCGUCCAUGACCGUGUGCUCUCCGUCACUGGCCCUCUGUCCGGAAUCUCCAAGGCAUACGGCCUGGUCGCCAAAGGACUGCUCGAAGGCGCCCCGCAGAUGGGCAUGGGCGGUCUCAUCCGCAACGACGGCACCCAUCCCAUUCGCCUCCUCAUCUCUCACAACCAGAUGGGCACCAUCAUCGGCCGCCAAGGUCUGAAGAUCAAGCAGAUCCAAGACACGUCCGGCGUUCGCAUGGUUGCGCAGAAGGAGAUGCUUCCCCAGUCUACCGAGCGCAUCGUCGAGGUCCAGGGAUCCCCGCAGGGUAUCGAGAAGGCCGUCUGGGAAAUCGGCAAGUGCCUGAUAGACGAUCACGAGCGCGGCUACGGCACCGUGCUCUAUAAUCCCGCCGUCAGGGUGCAGCCCGGCGUUGGACCCCUCGCAAACGGCAUGGGAGGCGGACGUUCGUACAACCGCACCGGCCACGGCGCCGAUUUCAGCGACGCACUUCCUGCCUCCUACGGUCGACGGUCCGGAUCCGAUGCCGCUAGUCGGCCGCCGCCUCCGACGCACACCGAAGAUGGAGAAGAAAUGCAGACGCAGAAUAUCAGCAUUCCCUCAGAUAUGGUUGGUUGUAUCAUUGGUCGCGGCGGCAGCAAGAUCAGUGAGAUUCGCAAGAGCUCCGGCGCGCGCAUCUCCAUUGCGAAGGCACCGCAUGACGAGACCGGCGAGCGCAUGUUUACCAUUACCGGAAGCGCAUCCGCCAACGAGAAGGCGCUGUACCUCUUGUACGAGAACUUGGAGGCGGAGAAAAUGCGACGCAGCCAGGCUCAAGAGUAGACUUCUGAUAGUCGGCUAUAAUGUCGUUGAUUGACAGGACGAAGGCUGAAGGCGCGCGCAUCGAUCGCUUCCGGAAGCAUUGGAACCUCUGUAUUCCCGUCACGGUCUGGCUGGCAUUUUCUGAACACCGCUUUCCCACGAAACGGACCCCAAAA